ACAGCAUUGGUAGAAAUCAAAAUUAUAUGACGUCACUCAUUUUUCGAAGGCGCCAUAUUCCCUCCGACUCCCAUUGCGUUCCGUGCUCUCUCCCCCUCUGUCCCGGCGGUCUUGCGGCGUUGUUGGUGUUGGAUGAAUUGGGUGUUUAAUAUCGAAAAUCUAAAGCUGCACCAGGAUUGAAGCCUAAGGACUACCAGAGGGCUGACAAUGGCUGAUCCAGAAGCAGAAAUAAAUGGAGAUGAUCGAGUUCAAGUUAAGAAAGAUGUCGCCAAAGACGGCGGCGCGCCGGAGCCAAUGGAGACUGAGGACGCCGUCCCGGUGAAGAAGUCGGACCCGCCGCCCGCCGAGGCCAUGGAGACUGAGGAGAACGGGGACGUCUCUGGCCAUGCAGAGGACGAGGUGGACUCGACUCCCGCUGAGAGUGAUCAGAACGCUGAUGUCAGUGCUGAUAAAACAGAGGACGGUGUGGCGGAGCCGAGCGCGGCUGAUGGUGAAAAGAAGGCCGCUGGUGCGGACGGUGCCGAGAAUGGUGAUAAGAGUGGUGCUGGUGAUAAGGAGGGAGAUGGUGACUCGAAGGACGCUGGUGAUGCGGAGAAGGGUGACGAUUCCAAACCGGCGAGUGCGGUGGACGCCGCCGAUGGCGAUACCAAAGACUCGGCGAACGGUGAGAUGUCCGAGGACUCGAAGCCGGCCGCGGACAAGGCGUCGGCGGCUCCGAGCGAGGCGGACGGCCCCAGCUCGGCGGCCUGCACUGAGCCAGAGUCGAGCGACUCGGACAUCGAGGAGAUCGAGCCGGACGCGCCGGCCGCGGACGGCCGGGACGCGGCGGCGCGCGACUCGCCCCGUCUCGUGGUGAUCGACACGGACGGCGGCCGGUCGGCGGUGGCCGCCGCCGCCGCCGCCUCCGCCGCGCCGCGGCCGCCGCAGCUGACUCGCGCGCCGCCGCCGCCGCACCAGCAGCCCACCUACCACCUCCAGCAGCCGCAGCAGCACAUCCCGGGCGCGGUGACCAUCAACCCGGCCGUGCUGCAGGCGCUGGCGCAGUACGGCAUCAACACGUCCGGCAUGUCCGCCGACCACCUCUCGCAGCUGCAGGACUACUACCGGCGCUCGCACGACGACACGGAGUUUGUGCUGGAGGCGCCCAGCUUCAUAGUGCCGUACGUCAUGGAGAGCCCGCCCGAGGAGACGGUCAAACAGUUCAUGACGCGGGUCACCAAAGAGGCCGACGCAGCGGCGGCGGAGAAGGACAAAAAGGACGGCGGGGAUGGCAAGGUGAACGGCGACGCCAGCAAACCGGAGAGCGAGGCGGGCAGCGACGACCAGUCCAAGAAGGAGGAGGAGGGUACCGGCGACAAGGAGCAGGAUCCGAACAAGGAGAACAAGCCGGACCCGCUGCGGCGGGAGGAGGACUUCAGCCACCUGGGCAAGUGGGCCUACUACUACCAGGGCCCCGUGGGCCAGCUGCUGCUCGACCAGGGCCGCGGCAUCGUCGAGGAGUUCAUCAAGGAGGACCUGCUGAAGCAGCAGAAGCGCAAGGCGUCGCGCGAGAAGGGCGGCGGCAGCGAGGCCACCCGGUUCGCCAUCAAGUCUCUGACGGCCAACCUGGCGGCGUCUCGGCGCCGGAACGCGCCGUUCCGGCUGAAGAUGACGCAGUGCCGCUACUGCGCGUUCGAGACCGAGUCGGUGCUGGUGAUGGAGCGCCACCUGGAGAUGCCGCACAUGGUGGGCAGCAUCUACCAGUGCAACUUCUGCGACUACGAGACGCGCUCGCCGCAGGUGGUGCUCUCACAUAUGAUGGACGAGCACAGCGUGCAGGGCCGGCUGGAGCGCGCGCCGGCCUCCUUCCAGUGUCCGCUCUGCCCGUACGAGGACUCGGGAAAGACGCGCAUGACGCGCCAUCUCAACUCGUGCCAGAAGAAGUUCCGUAUCGAGAAGAACCAGUCUCUGGACGACUGGGUGCCGCCGGCUAAGGUGCCCAAGAUCCACCGCGGGCGGCCCAAUGUGCUCGGUAAACAGUUCGAGCCGGUGCGGGGCAUCCAGCAGAGCACCAAACUGGCUAUGCAGCAGCAGCAGCAGCAGCAACAGCAACAGCAGCAGCAGCAGCUGGCGGCGGCGGCGGCGAUAGCGGCCAGCGCUCGGCGCGGCCGUCCGGUGGGCUCGUACAAGGACGGCGUGCCGCUGUCACUGCAGCAGCGGCACCAGUACAACCGGCAGGCCGGCUUCGUCACGAGCGUGAACCCGGGCAUGAAUUCGUCCAUGAUCCGGCCACCGGCCUCUGGCGGCCAGAUGCUGAUGCCUCCCCACUACCAGAUUGGCAACCAGAUCUAUCAGCUGGUGAACAACCAGCUGGUACCGGUGAACCCGGCGACGCGCGCUGCCAGCAGCGGCGGCGGCUCGGGUGUACAGAUCAUCCCGUCGUCAGGUCCGCCGGCGCCGUCCGGGCUCAGCAUCCAGGCCACGUCGUCGGCCAAGACGGUGGCGGCGGCGGCGCUGAAGCUCUCCUCCACGCCGAGUAUCAGCAUCACGCCGGUGCCGCGGCCCAGCCUGCCGCCCAGCGUGCCGUCCAUCCUGCGCACGUCGCCCGCCGCGCCCGGCUCCCAGCUCUCCAUCACAAAGGGCACCGUGGGCGGCGCACGGCCCGACCCGGCCGCGCUCAGCAAGGGCGCCUUCGUCAUCUGCGAGAUCUGCGACGGCUACAUCAAGGAUCUGGAGCAGCUGCGUAACCACAUGCAGUGGAUCCACAAGGUGAAGAUUCACCCGAAGAUGAUCUACAACCGGCCGCCGCUCAACUGCCAAAAGUGUCAGCUGCGCUUCUUCACGGACCAGGGCCUGGAGCGGCACCUGCUCGGCUCGCACGGGCUGGUCACCAGCAGCAUGCAGGAGGCGGCCAACAAGGGACACGACAGCGGCCGGUGCCCCAUCUGCGGAAAGGUGUACCAGUGGAAGCUGCUGCACCACGUCUCCAAGGACCACCACGUGACCCUGAAGCCGGCACACCUCUCCUACAAGUGCACCGUCUGCACGGCCACGUUCAGCAUGUAUAAACAGUUUGAAAACCACGUGUAUAGCUCACACUCGGUCGUCGCCAAGAAAAUAAUGGAAUCGUCCGACCGCAAGAAGGCAGCCGCCGCCGCCGCCGCCACCGGGCAGCCCAUCAAAAUAAACGACGAGAUUACCAUCAUACCUCACCCUGGCUCGGGCGGCGCGGGGAAGGGCGCGCCCCAGGCCAGCUCGAUGCCGGUGAAGCGGCGGCGACCGGAGCCGGCGCCGGCGCCCGUGGAGCGCGAGUGUGAGCUCUGCGAGCACCGCGCGCUGCCGCGGCCUCUGACCGAGCACUACCGGCGCCACCACCUGGGCCGGCCAGAGGUCGAAUUCACGCCGCUGCUGCGCGACCCCGAGUGCGCCGCGUUUGUCACGGAGGAGAUCCGCGAGCAGCUGCGCCGGCGCGCCGCCGCCGCCGCCGAGGAGUCGGACAGCGAGGUGGAGGUGGAGGUGAGCGACACAGAGGAGGGCGCGGCCGGCGGCGCCUCCUCCGCCUCCGGCGGCAGCGCGCUCAGCAAACUGAACAAGGAGAUCACCAUCACCCCGAUCGCGGCGGCGCGGCCCCGCCGGCUGGUGACCGUGCGCAAACCCAAGCCGUUCAUGGGUCCGGCGAGCGCGCGCCGGCGCCGGCGCGCCCGGCUGGCGCCGCGCUCGGUGGCGGAGCGACGGAGAGCCGAGCGGGCCGCCGGCGAGAGGCGGCGUAACCCGAGCGUAGUGGAGCUGAGCGACAGCGAGCCGGCCACCGCCGACAACACGGUCGAGCUCCAGUCCGAGGAUGAGGAGGAGAAGGAGGGGGACAACAAGGAGGGUGAGGAGAAGGGAGAGGGAGAUCAGUCGGCGGAGAAGGCGGAGGAGGCUGAUGAGAAAAUGGAGGAGGAUGGGGAGGGGGAGAGUGACGAGGCGGACGGCUCUGACAACGAGUGAGGCCGGACCGCCGGACACUCAGAGGUCGGGAGACGCGCCCGGCCGACCGUUCCCGCCGACAGUGCUAGGUUGAUCAAUUGGUGUCCGGUUCGGCGUUGUACAGGACGUGUGUGGAGACUGCCUGCCAGCCGCACUGCGUCUGGAUGCUCGAAGUGUGAGUGAAUGUGCGUGUGCGUUUUUGUUCUCUGUGUGCGUGUGUUUGGAAAUAGCGUCGCCUCUGUAUGUGUGCUUCUGGAGGCGUUGUCGGGGCCGACGGGCCCUGCGAUGGCGGGCUCUGGAUUCUGGAUAUAGCAUUCCCGUGUGACGUGUUUUGUUGGUCGCGCGCCCCGCAGCACCGUGUAUUGUUCUGUACAUAGCCGGGGUUGUCCUCGCUCUACGCGGUCUUCUGUUCGCCGUACAUCUGUGCCAGCUUUUUGCUCCACGUCUCGCUCAUGGAACACGCGACUCGCUCGAUGACUCAAAUUAUCAAUAUACACUGUAUUCUCCUACAAA